AGUGUCUAAAGUUUCGGCACUUAGUUUGACACAUUGAAAAACCAAAUAUCUUAUUUACAGAAAAAAAUUUUUAAUUUCACCCAAAAAAAAAAAAUAAAAAAUAUGGCGCUAGCGCAACAAUACUCAAAUAUAUCUGAAGAAGUUAUGGAGUAUCUGUUUGAUCAAAAGAUACGUGAAAGAGACCUAAUUGCCGAAAAGGAGGAGCUCAAGCUGCGAAUGAACAAGAUCGAGGAGCAUUUGGUUCUGCUGCAAAAUCGUGAUGAUGAGCUCACCUGCAUGAUAGCCACAGACAUGCAUUUUGGAAGGUCAAGUUGUGUACUGCAAGUACUUGAAAUAAGAUGAACUUGAAAAUCAGAUGGAUGAGCAAAUUUAAUGUCAGCUUUUAUCGAAAAAUUGGAUUGGAUAAAUAUAUAUUUUUGAUCGUGGAUUGGAUUGACAGCAUGAGCAUGUAUUCCAGCCAUUAAGACGAGGAUUCAAAUGAGUAUAUUAUAUAUAUAUACAAAUUUCAAGUCUCCAGCUUCAGUAGCGGCAACAUGGAAGUCUAUUCAAUAGACAAACAGAAACACGGA